AUUAUGAGCUAUUAAGUCUGAACUGCCUGUUUCAAGGCAGUCAACUCAACAAAGAUGUAUCGGCGCUGGCAGAAGGAGGCGGUGGACAAAUAUCGGACGCUUGAGUCCUUUAACACAUUCUUGUCGCGCCUGACGCCUCUGACCGGCCCGCACGUUCUUCGCGCCUGCGACCCGGCCGAUCUCUACUCUGUGCUCAGCGCGCUGCACAGCAAGGACCGCAACCCGGAGCUGCAGGUCAACAACAAUCCUGGCUUCUACUACUUCCUGGCAGAUGCAGUUCAGCCCCCGGGAAGCGAGGCAGCAGGCGUCGACACGGGCGUCUCGGUGCCGACCGGCGGCGGCGGCUCAGAGCCUGUUCCUGCCGCUGGCCCGGUCCGGCGAGAGGCUGUCAUUCCUGUGAGCAGCAAAUGUACGCUGCUUACCACGGACGUGCUGGCGCAGAUGUUCAAAUUGGAGGCGCACCCAAACGUGUCGCACAUCUUGCUCGCCAUCGUGGACGACGAUGGCUCGGCCUCGCUGGUCCGCGUGUUCAACUACAUUCAGCCGCCCUUUGAGGGUCCGGAGACGCUGCCGCCACUAGACACAGAGGGCGGCGCCGUGGGCGGGGAGAGUGACGACGACUGAGGGGGGCGGGAGUGGCGCGGCAGCCCUGACGAGCGGUACCAACCACUUCAAACCAGCUUGACGCACCAUACAUGAUCGACGCGCCAGAGGACUGCCCGCGCAUGAGCUCUGCAUACAGCUUCAUUAGCGACCGGCAGACGCCAAGACGGGGCGCACAGGGGCAGCCUGUGCAGCCGCUACACCCCCCGCGGCCUGUAGAGCGGGGCCGGCGGGGCCAACGACCACAGCGGGCUCGCCAUCUUCGCGCUGCGAGCUCGGCAGGCCCGCCCCAAACCCAACCCAGCCCGGCCCAACCGUCGUUGUCAUCACUUCAUGAGUCGGCCAUGUGCGUGCGGGGAUACUUCACCUGUAGCAGCCUCUUCAAACUGUGGCCGCAACCGGUGCCUGGCCUGUAACCUGGAUUGCGCAGCUUGACUUGCCAGGACGCCACUUUGGAAGCGCCUGAGCCUGGCUCGGGGGCUUUCGGCACACGUGCCGCGUUAGGAUGCGCAUCAUACGUGAUCAGGGUGGCCAGAACGCAUGGCUCUGCAUUGUUGUCUCGCGAUGUGGGAGUACCGCCGCUCAGACUCGAAAGUCGAGGUGGCACGGUGAAGCGCGCUGUUCCUAGGUCCGACCGGGCAGGCAAAACAUGGAUGAGCAUGUUGGCCUUGAAGGCGCAGGGGGCAGUGCUGGAGCUGGUUGGCAGGAGCGACAAGUCUGACCCUGAGUGACAUGUGUUGAACAACCAUUGUGGCUGCGGAAGCAAGCAAAAGCCACGUUCGUGUGGGAACGCGACGGC